AAAACACAUGUAACUGUAGGGAAAAAUGGUUCAGUUUACGUCGACGUUUUAGCGAACGCGAAAAAGUAACAGUCUUUAAACGUGGCUUAUUUUUCUCCUGUGUAUGAACAAAUGUAUACGAAGUUGUCUAAACACUGAGCAACAAGGAAAUCUUCGCUUUCAAACGUCUUUUAACAGAGAUCUGAUCACUUGACAAGCAAACAGAGACAACUUUCGCAUUGUGGCAGACUUAUAAUCUCCCCACGUGUACAUUGUAGAUUAGCGUACCGUGGAAUACAUUAGCAAUUAUUACGGUUGACAAACGCUAUUCAAUAGCGCUGUGCCACGGCAAAUAACGAGCGGCCGAUUCAGUUUCUAUCUUUAUCAUACAAGGUUGGCCUAGGUCGUGAAUCACUGUUUAGUAACAACGGCUAGCGAUAUUAGUGCUUACAAGGCCGGAAAAUUUUCUUCCCGUCAUAAGUAAAUCAUCACUGUUGGAGAAGCGAAUUUAAUUGCAGAUUAUUUGAAGUACAAUGCGCAUAUUGUCAAGAUAUGGUGUCGUUUUAGCUCUGUUAUUAUUUUGGAACAUUAUAUGUGCGGAAGAGAUCGACGACGAAUUUGAAAUAAUGGAUGGGAUAAGAGUGAGAAAAGACUCAAUCAACAUUGACAUGAACGAUGUGGGCAAAAAAGGUAAAACAGAGGGAAAGCGGGAAACGGACGAGGAUGGAAAUGAGGUUAUUGAAGACGAUCAAGUUGAUGAUGAUAAUGAUGAUGACGAUGAUGAUGAUGAUGAUGAUGUUAGUGGAGAUGAUAGUGAAGAGGACGACUUAGAAUCCACAAAGCAUCUUCCAACAAAAUGUCAUGUUUGCAGGCUCCUGGCCGUAGAAGUUGAGAAUAAACUGGCAAAUAUUGCGAGAAUAAGGAAACCACGCGAAAACAAUAGUCCGAUUUAUUACAAAGAGGAGAUAGUUAUGCUGAGGGUAACUGAAGACCUAUGUGACGCCAUGACAAAAUAUAACAUCAGACCAAAGCUUCCCUUCAGAUAUAAACGAGGAGUGAAAAGUCUUUACCGUAAACAGAUUGAUGAACUCACAAAAGAUUCUCGCAUUCAGAAAUGGGUGUUUGCGACACCGGAAGUGGAGAUUGAUGAUCCAACUGGUGAAAUAAGAAGACUCAAAAAACAGUGUCACGAUAUGCUGGUGGAGACACAGAAACUUCUCAUUCAUUGGUUCAUGAAAGCGCAGUCACGCGAUCUAACCAAGUGGCUUUGUGCUAAGAGAGUACUGCUUGAGGACAAUCAAGACUGCCUUAAAAUUGAGAUGCCAAGAAGCAACAGAGUCCCGUCAUUGAGACAAAGGAAACCAAAGGCAGAAAACAACAAGACGAACAUUGCCUCUCACGAGGAACUUUGAUUUAGAUAGUGUU